AUGGAUUCUGCACCCAACAAAGUGAUAGUCAACACGGUUGUCAACGCCAACAAUGCGUUUAUCUCAUCACUGGAUCAUCUCCCAUGUGAGGUGGUUCGCUCUUUGUGGUUGAUCCAAUCGCUAAAUUUGAAAAAUGCGAAGAUACGUGCCAGACUUCAAGAGAGUUCCAAUAUUUCUGGGCAAGAUGAAGUUCGCCGUUUGUCUAGUUACUUAUCCCGAAAUUCGAAAGAAUGUGAAGCGGAAUCACGCCAAAUUCGACUGGUACUCAAAAAUCACCUCAAGUUCAUUGACAAUGACCUGAAGAUUCUGGACCGACUAUGCAAAUUCAAGACUUUGAACAAAGAUCCGAAGCAACAAAGGAAGAAAUUCAGCUCGUUCAAGAAGAAGUUUAUAAAAGAACAUGCUAAAGAAAUUAGAAGUGCCAGCAAUUAUACGGACCAGCACUCUACAGUCGUGAUUCAUAUUAAGCAUCCAAUGAAGAUCAAAAUUAAUUUACGGGCUUUGAAGGAUACUUCCAGGGAUACCAGCGAAAGCACCUCCAAGGAUACCCCCAGGGAUGAUGAUGGUUUCACUAUAAAUGCGUAG